GACGCGACCAUGUCGGAGGUGCUGCCCUACGGCGACGAGAAGCUGAGCCCCUACGGCGACGGCGGCGACGUGGGCCAGAUCUUCUCGUGCCGCCUGCAGGACACCAACAACUUCUUCGGCGCCGGGCAGAGCAAGCGGCCGCCCAAGCUGGGCCAGAUCGGCCGGAGCAAGCGCGUUGUUAUUGAAGAUGAUAGGAUCGAUGACGUGCUGAAAACCAUGACCGACAAGGCACCUCCUGGUGUCUAACUGCCCCCAAAGACAAUGUGUUGAGGGAAGGAAUAAGAAGAGUGGCGGGCUGUGACAGUUACUGACAAAAAGCAUGAGGAGGAGAAAGCACUUUGGAAUUUAUUAUUAGCUUGCUACCUACGAUGAAAUCGACAACCUGUGUCUCAAGUCAGGCCGGGAGACA